UUGAUAUUCUUCUUGAUUAGAUGAAAAGAAAAGAAGUUGGAAUUGGUAAGAUAUAUGAUGCCCGUGCAUUGAGGGUGGUUGUUGGAGAUAAGAAUGGAACUCUACAUGGACCCGCGAUACAAUGUUGCUACAAUCUUCUCAACAUUGUGCAUAGUUUGCUCUCGCCACAAAGUCAAUUCAAAUGCUUGAGACAAGGUGCGGCCUAUACAUCCUCAUCGCUGGUGCUCUGGACCCCUAUUGAUGGUGAAUUUGAUGAUUACAUUGUUAAUCCAAAACUUAGUGGCUAUCAGUCUCUGCACACUGCAGUACAAGGUCCUGACAGCUCACCUUUAGAAGUGCAAAUAAGAACACAGAAAAUGCAUGAGUAUGCAGAGCAUGGACUUGCAGCCCAUUGGCUUUACAAAGAAACUGGCAGCAACAUGCCUGCAAUAAACAGUUUUGGUGAAUCUGAAAUAGAAGAAUCCCCAUAUCUCUCUAAAGAUGUGGAGGACCGUAAUUCUAUGGAGUAUGAUUUGUUUCUGAAGUAUAAUUCCUUGAAAGAAGGACACCCAGUCCUAAGAGUGGAAGGAAGCCACUUGCUUGCUGCAGUUAUCGUCAGAGUUGAUAAAGAUGGAAGAGAGUUGCUUGUUGCUGUGAGCUUUGGACUGGCUGCUUCUGAAGCCGUAGCUGAGAGAAGAUCUUCUUUCCAAACAAAGAGAUGGGAGGCUUAUGCAAGGUUAUACAAGAAGGUUUCAGAUGAGUGGUGGUGUGAGCCAGGACAUGGGGACUGGUGUACUUGCCUUGAGAAGUAUACAUUGUGUCGAGAUGGUAUGUACCACAAGCAAGACCAAUUUGAGCGCCUUCUACCAACCUUCAUCCAGGUUAUUGAUUUAACUGAUCAAGAAGAAUCUGAAUACUGGGCUGUUGUUUCUGCUAUAUUUGAAGGCAAACCCGUUGACUCUAUUGCAUCAAAAUCAAAUGCAGACUAUGUAAUUUCAACUUCUACGGAGACAAGCAUCAAUAACAAGGUGCGUUUACUGAGGACAAUGCUUCAGUGGGAAGAGCAACUUCGUUCUGAAUCAAGUCUUGGCCAAAUAAAGAAAAGGGAAGCACCUAAUGGAGAUACUGAUCCUGGCUUCCUUGGGGAAAUUGUAAUCGUAUGUUGGCCCGAUGGUGAGAUAAUGAGGUUGAGGACAGGUAGCACCGCAGCUGAUGCUGCCAGAAGAGCAGGCCUAGAGGGAAAGCUCGUUGUUGUUAAUGGUCAGCUGGUAUUGCCUAACACGGAGCUUAAAGAUGGUGAUGUAGUUGAAGUAAGGUUGUAAAUAUGUAAGGCAUAAUUGAUUGGUUCACUUUGUAUUCAUGGCAUGUCUCCUUAGGUAUAAUUGAUUAGUUAGUAGCAUAAGGUAGAUCCUUCAAUGUCGAUUUUAGUUUAAUUAAAUCUCAUCUUUUGGGGAUCUGGGAUAUUGUCAAACCUUGUGGAUAUUUCAGUGUAAAUAUGUCAGCCUUCACCACUUAAAUGAAAUGGUGAAGAAUUCUAUUUUAGUUUCCUUUGCAAGUGAUGAAUUCUAUUUUAUGGUG